UUUAGGUUAUGAAGAUUUUUAUGGGAGAACUAUUGGGAGAGUUGUCUUGCUCCAGUUGUCAGAGUGAUAAUGAGUUUCUCGAAUCGAAGAUGUAAUAAUGUUUAGCGUAGGUAUGUCUAUGUUAUAGAAAUCGGGCUGUGAAGUACCAAGUUAGAUUUAUUUUCACUGGAGUGUGGCACGAAUGUUUUUUGAGUUAUAAAACGUAUGCAAAAGACUGACAAUACGUAUAAUAUUGAUAAAUGCAAUCAGCAAAUUUUCUUAUUUCGCUUGUUGUAGAGAGAGAGCUCUAAACAAAUUGUUAAAAAUUAGGAGCAUAUUGUUUCAGAUUUAUUUACAAUUUCUACAGCGGUAGUGGCGAUGUUGUAUUAACCUGGUGAUUGUAAAUACGUAUUUAUUUUUCAGUUUGAUUGAUAAAAUCGAGAUAAUAAAUUUUAUCACAUUAUUUUCCCCAAAAUACAAAAUAUUUUUCAAGAAAUUAUUUUAUCAAUUAUUCCUGCCAAGUGAUUUUCACCAGUCGUGCGCAGUCGAGUGACUGCGUUGGGUGAGCCGUUAUCGAACUGUCAUGCACUGGUGUCAAAAUUAAAAAGAAAAAUACGUCGAACUUGUGUCAAUGACAUCAAGUGUCAGAAGUGAUAUUUGUUUAUCGAUAAAUUCGUUCGUUGAGUGGAUGAUUCCAUUGGGAUAUUAAUUCGAAUAACCUAAUGAAGAUGAUGAAUAAUCAGCUGGAUAAUGAUGAAGGGCAGAUGGUGAACUUCGAUGCAGCAACUCUGAGGAUUGCCAAGGAGAACGAUGAUUCUGACGUCAAAGACGCGUAUGAUCGUGCGCCAUCGUCGAGAGAUGUACCAAGAUCAUCAGCUCCAAAUGUCGCCAGCAUUCCAUUUCGUCAUGUGGACGUUCAUUCAUUUUUCUCGGACAGAAAUGAAGUUGUUGAGAGGGCGAUCAAGGAGUGUCAGGAGACACUCCUCACGGAUCAGACUGAUGAGAUCGUUGGCACCUGGUUGUUGACAGAAAUAAGUCUCUGGGAUACUGAGAAAGAGAGGAUCGUCAUCCUAACAAAAAACUCGAUCCUAACAGUUAAAUACGACUUCAUAUCAUUAAAAGUCAUCGCGUUCCAUAGAAUUCCUCUAGGAGACGUCGAUACAGUGGCCUGUGGGGAGCUGGAGUAUCCAGCUGCCUCAGUUGCUCCUCGACUAAACGGAUUUGCCGAUGGAUUGUCAUCGGUUAUCCAGUGCGCGAUACGUCAGCAGUGGUCAUCGAUUGCUGGGAGAACUGACAUUCACUUUGAACCCAGAAAGCGUAAUAUGAAUGGGGUGAGGAUAAUGUGGAACAAAGGGAAGCCCUUGUCGUUCGAGAAGAAGUGGAAUCCCUUUGGCAAACGUAUUCCAUGGAUUACGUUUGCUAAUCAUCCGCUUUAUUGGCAUAAAGGGUCGAACGAAGAAAUAUCAAGAUUCGACGUCGAUGCCCUUCAGUCAGCCCUAACGACAACUCUCUCCGACUCCUGUAGUUUCGUUAGUCAACCGCUCAUAGUGGAAAACUACCUCGGCCUCGGAGCGAUAAUCCACAACAGAAAUUCCCUGGGAUUUUUCAAAGUCCGGGGAAAAGUCAGCUUUUAAUCGAGAAUCGACGACCUAAGAAAUUCACCUCUAAUUGUAUUACCUUCCAACGCAUUCAAUCUGCAUGUUCUACCUGAUAUAUUUCAACUCUACGCUUUAUGAAUAAAUUAAAGAAAAUAACCAAAA